AUGGGGAGCGACCACAGGCCGUCGACACGAUCUUUUAUAGAGCGCCAGGGUCUGUGCGAGUGUCUGCGGCUGGUGCGGCUGGACAUGCCCAGCGCGGUGAUCAGGGGUGACCCCCUGUGGCUCAACUGCUCGUUCGACCUCGAGUCUGACGACCUGUACUCGGUCAAGUGGUACAAGAAUCACCGCGAGUUCUUCCGUUUUCUUCCCAGCGAGAACCCACCGGGCCAGGCCUACAGGCUGUCGGGAGUCUACGUAGACACGAGCCGGAGCUCCGUGGGGAGUCUGUACCUCAAGGAGACGGACCUGAAGUCGGAGGGCCUCUACGCGUGCGAGGUGUCCGCUGAUGCGCCUUCUUUUCAAACGGUGCGCUCCGAAAAAGAGCUCAAAGUGUACGUUCUUCCUAAAAAGGGCCCCGAGAUCCGCGGCACCAAGCCCCAUUACAAGGUUGGUGACUUGGUCAACGUUACCUGCCACGCGGGUGCGACGAAGCCACCAGCUGUGCUCACGUGGUACAUUAACGGCGAAGAGGUUCCCCCGCAGUACGAGAAGAUGUACCCGAUCUUCCGCGACCGGGAUCAGCUGUUCCACUCUUCCCUGGGAAUCACUUUCACGGCCGAGCCACGGCAUUUCAGCUACGGCAUUAUGAAACUGAAGUGCACUGCGACCGUUUCCGAGGCUUAUUCUCUCUCCAGCGAGGAGAUCGUCGCAGCGCAAGACGCCAAGAACUCAGGGACAGAUGACGACAAGCCUUCCAUAACAGGUGGACAGGCGAGCUACCACGUGGGCGACCUCGUGAACGUCACCUGCAGUUACUCGCGAUACGGGCGCCCCGUAGACCUGCAGUGGCACCUCAAUGACAAAGAGGUGUCGAACCGGUACCUGGUGCACUACCCGAUGCAGCGGUUCGACUCUGGCCGCCAGGUGACGUCGCUCGGUCUCCGGUUCACGGUGAGGCCUAGCCACUUCGUGCACGACGAGAUGCGCAUCAAGUGCACGGCGACGCUUCAGAACGGUGGUAGGGGUCCACCCUCAACAUCGUCCUCGUCGCCGGGCGAUGCCUACUCGGAGAAGGAGUUUGUGCUGGGCAGCAGCCACCGGUCGUCUGGACUUCACGUCCCGGGACACUACGGCGCUGACAGGCUCUGUGCCUACCCUGAUGACAGUUCUGGCUAG